AUGAUUCUGCACAGUAAAACAACUGAUGAUUCAAAACGAAUACAUAUUAUUUAUAUUGCUGUCAUUCUUACAUCAUGUACACUUGUUAUCUCAAUUCUCUUGGCUGUCGAAAACAUUUAUAUUUUGUAUGGUUUAUAUACAAAUCAUCGAAUGGUUUUGGAUGAGAACACUACAUCUGAUUCUACGGUCAAACGAUCAAAGAAAAUAUCUGCUUGCUUCACUAUUAAAGAUUAUAUUCAUAAAAUCAUCAGAUCGUAUUUAUCUAUACUCAAAUAUCAAUCCAAACAAGAACCUUAUACUAUUGUUAAUAGUGUCUAA